ACUCUGGCGGGUACACUGUACAUAUAUGUCUUCCAUCUAUCUGUUUUGUUUCUGGCCUGCAGAUAUGUACUGUAGGACCUUUAAAAUAUGACAAAGACACGUUCUUAAACCCCAUGAAUUGGAAAAAGAUUAGGCUGUUUUAGUAUUCUGGGAAGGGAAGGGGUUUUUAGUAUAAUGGCAAGGCUGAUUGUGCCAUGCCAGAGGCCCGGGUUAGGGUUGGCAUCAGUUAUUUCUUCGCGGCUUUCCAUGGGCACUACGAUGGCUUGUUUGGAAUCUGCGUCGUUAUUACCUGCGGCCAGGUCUGUUAUCUGCCUUCGUACAACCAGAUCUCGUGCAUUUUGUAAAUUGAAAUUAAAGUCAUUUCCAAAGGUCCCUUCUUGGCAGAAAAGUGGCUGCAGCUUUUGCUCUUUAAGAGGGUCUUCAUCCCUUCUGAGAAGGGUGACGUGCACAGUUGCAACACAGCCUUUGUCAUCGCAAACUGAGGAAGCAAACAUGGAGGCUCCCAAGGAGAUUUUCCUUGCAGACUACAAGAUGCCUGAUUAUUUCUUUGACGCAGUUGAUCUGAAAUUUGUACUGGGUGAGGAAAAAACAACUGUACUGUCAAGAACAGCUGUUUACCCCCGAGUUCAAGGCACCCAGUUGCCUUUAGUCUUGGAUGGACGUGAUCUUAAAUUGAUUUCAAUCAAAGUAGAUGGAAAAGAGGUGGAGAAAGGAGGCUUUCAGCUUACUCCACGACAUCUGACACUUUUGUCACCUCCCACAUCAUCAUUCACAUUGGAAAUAGAGACAGAGAUACAUCCUCAGAAAAAUACAUCUUUAGAGGGUCUGUACAAGACAUCUUCCAACUUUUGCACUCAGUGUGAAGCAGAAGGCUUCCGUAAAAUCACUUUCUAUCAGGAUAGACCAGAUGUCAUGGCAAAGUUUACUACUCGAAUUGAAGCUGAUAAGGCAUUAUACCCUGUGCUAUUAUCUAAUGGAAACCUAAUAGACCAGGGGGAUCUUGAGGAUGGAAAGCAUUAUGCUGUGUGGGAAGACCCUUUCAAGAAGCCUUGCUAUCUGUUUGCUUUGGUUGCGGGCCAAUUGGUUAGCAGAGAUGACUGUUUCACUACACGAUCAGGGCGCCAGGUUUUACUUCGUAUUUGGACUCCUGCACAGGAUGUGAGCAAGACAGCUCAUGCCAUGUACUCUCUUAAGGCAGCAAUGAAGUGGGAUGAAGAUGUCUUUGGUUUGGAGUAUGACCUAGAUUUAUUUAACAUUGUGGCAGUGCCAGAUUUUAACAUGGGAGCCAUGGAGAACAAGAGUCUUAAUAUAUUCAAUUCAAAACUUGUUUUAGCAUCUCCCGAAACUGCAACUGAUGCAGACUAUGCUGCAAUCUUAGGUGUUAUUGGCCAUGAGUAUUUCCACAACUGGACUGGCAACAGGGUGACAUGCCGUGAUUGGUUUCAGCUAAGUUUGAAGGAAGGGCUUACAGUUUUUAGGGAUCAGGAGUUCUCCUCUGACUUGGGAAGUCGUGCUGUUAAGAGAAUUGCAGAUGUUGCAAAGCUUCGUAAUUAUCAGUUUCCUCAGGAUGCGGGUCCAAUGGCUCAUCCUGUAAGGCCACAUUCAUAUAUUAAGAUGGACAAUUUUUAUACUGUAACGGUCUAUGAGAAGGGUGCAGAAGUUGUCAGAAUGUACAAGACGUUGCUAGGGAAAUCAGGGUUUCGCAAGGGAAUGGAUCUUUAUUUUCAAAGACAUGAUGGACAAGCAGUAACUUGUGAAGAUUUCUUUGCUGCAAUGCGUGAUGCCAAUGGUGCAGAUUUUUCUAAUUUCUUGUUAUGGUACUCACAAGCUGGAACUCCUGUUCUAAAAGUGACAUCAUCCUAUGAUUCUAAGGCUCACACAUUCACACUCAAGUUCAUGCAACAAAUUCCUCCCACUCCUGGUCAACCUGUUAAAGAACCAAUGUUUAUACCAGUGGCUGUUGGAUUGUUAGAUUCUAAUGGAAAAGAUAUGCCCCUAACAUCAGUAUAUAAUGGGGAUUCAUUGCUUUCAUUUGGAAGUGAAGGUCAUUCUGUUUCAACAGUUGUUCUCCGUGUUGAGAAGGAAGAACAAGAGUUUGUGUUUGCCAAUGUUCUUGAGCGGCCAGUACCAUCUCUACUACGGAACUAUAGUGCUCCUGUGCGUCUUGUUUCAGAUAUCAGUGAUGAUGAUCUGUUCUUUUUGCUUGCAAAUGAUUCAGAUGAGUUUAAUAGGUGGGAAGCCGGGCAAACAUUGGCAAGAAAGCUUAUGCUUGCUCUUGUUGAUCGUGCACAGAAGAAUCAGCCAUUGACUGUUGAUCCAAAAUUCAUGAGUGGGCUUAAAAGUCUUCUUUGUGAUUCUAGUCUAGACAAAGAGUUCAUAGCAAAGGCACUUACCUUUCCCGGAGAAGGAGAAAUCAUGGACCUCAUGGAAGUUGCUGAUCCGGAUGCUGUUCAUACUGUUCGUUGUUUUGUUAGAAAACAGCUUGCAUCUGAAUUGCGUCCUGAGUUGCUCAGAGCAGUUGAGAGUAAUCGCAGUUCAGAGCCAUAUGAACCUACUCAUGAAAAUAUGGCAAGGCGUGCUUUGAAAAAUACUGCCCUCACUUAUCUUGUCACAUUGGAAGAUCCAGAAAUGACAGAACUGGCACUAAAUGAAUACAGAUCAGCAACAAAUAUGACUGAACAGUUUGCAGCUUUAGCUGCUAUAGCCCAAAACCCUGGUGAUAUUAGAGCUGAGGUUUUGUCCGAUUUUUAUCAGAAAUGGGAGGGCAAUGCCUUGGUCAUUAAUAAGUGGCUAGCUUUGCAAGCAUUCUCAGAUAUCCCAGGCAAUGUCAAGAAUGUACAAAGUUUGAUGCAACAUCCUUCUUUUGACAUCCGCAAUCCAAACAAGGUUUACUCUCUCAUUGGAGGAUUUUGUGGUUGUUCUGUUAACUUCCAUGCAAAAGACGGCUCUGGUUAUGAAUUUGUUGGAGAUGUUGUAUUGCAGCUAGAUAAACUUAAUCCACAGGUUGCAUCCCGUAUGGUUUCAGCUUUCUCACGGUGGAAGCGGUUUGAUGAGGGCAGACAAGCACUUGCAAAGGCUCAACUGGAGCGGAUUGUGGCAUGUAAUGGCUUGUCAGAGAAUGUGUAUGAGAUUGCAUCUAAAAGCUUGGUCCCGUAGGGGUAUGUGGGAGACAGGUAUCUAUGACUGGCAGCAUGAUGAAGCGAGAGGCUGCCUUUGAAGUCAACAUCAUAAUUCACAGCCUUCCUUUGGUAGAUUUUAGGUCAAUGCUUGCAGAUAGUCUCAAUCUAGAUGGUGACCAUUUCAAUGUUUAGAAAGGAUCCAAUCUCAACCAUCGUAUGGAUUAGCUUCUGCUCCCAUUUUAUGGUAACUAUUAAGGGAACUAAAGAACUUGUUUGAAUAUCUAGAUGAAUGUCUUAUGAAUAUUUAUUAUCAAAAUGAAUUUAAAAGAUGUGCUUUGUUUAAUUUUAAUUAUUUAUUGUCUA